AUGAACAGCAGUCUAGUCACAGACGCCCGGGGCUUGUUCGUCGCGGCGCCACCGCUCCGCGACGCGAGACAGCAAUCCGGACCAACCGGCGUGCAUGUGCACGAAUCCGAGCCCGCGUCCAGCAGCACCAGCACCGCUCGCUCGCUCCGUGUCCGUACGAGAACGCCGCACCACCGAGCAGGAAACAGGAACGCCGUCGGCUCGCGAAUCCUGCUACUGCUACUGCUCAGUGCUCAGUGCUCAGUGCUCGCUGGCAAAUCAUGCUCUGCGCGCAUCCUCAUCAGGCGGAGCAUGUGCCAUGCAUGCACGGCGGCCGCUUCCGCUUCCGCUUCCGCCUCCGCUUCCGCCUCCGCCGCCAAGGCCAUUCGCGCACGACGCGAGGAGAGAAGUGCAAAGAAAAGAAAAAUUUGCUAA